AUGUCGUUAAAUGAAGAGAAAGAUGAGGGGUAUCCAGAUACAUUAGUGAUACCCAGAAAAACUCAAGAUGAGUUAAUUCAUGUAAUCCAGACAUCUUUAAACAAUAUAGCUAUACAAAUAAAUAAUCUGAGUAAACGUGCUGAAGAUAUAUUUGGGGAAAUAUCCAAAGAGGUUGACAGGCUCUUUUUCAGAGUUAUAGUUUUACAAGAUCAUGUAAUCCAGCUGACAAGUGGUAUUACCUACAAAGAUGAAAAUGGAGAAUUAUCCUUGAGAAUUAUGAAAUCAGAGACUUUUCGAAGUACAGCUAUUCAAACACAGCAGGUAUACUCCUCCAAGCAAUUACCUGUUAAAAUGUCUGAAAUGCAUGAUACUCAUGUACUGACAUUACCUAUGAAUAGUUCUCCUUCUUGCCAAGAGGAUACAGGAGGUUUAAAGGUGUCUCCUGAUGCUUCAUAUCGCUUUGACCUUUACAAAGAAAAGACUGUACCUGAGUGUGAAGAAGAAAAGGGGGCAAAGCUCAAGCAAAAGAAGCAUGAAGAGCACCCCAGUAAACCAGCAAGUGUGCCUCAGAGUCAACGGAUGGAAGACGAAGCUUCAGCGUACCAGGUCCCAACUGCUUGGGUCUCUCUUUCAUAUAUGGAUCAACCAGAUGAAAACUCCUCAUUUCCCAGCUUCCCAUUGCAUGAAAUCAAUAAGUUUGUAACAAGUGCUGUAGGAAAAGUGUUAUCCAGCUCUCCACAUCUGCCAACGCAUGGAGCCGGAGAGGUUAAAAAUUCCCUUCCAUACGUUAGGUACGGAACUGGAAGGGGAGAAGUAAUGCAAUCCCAACCUCAAAAUCAUCUUAAAACAAAGGUGUUCGUGAGCCCUACAGCGCCAGACUCACCGCCCGAAUUGCCAACUGAUUGGCUGGCUCUAUUAAAAGUUGCAAAGAUGGAAACACCUUCCUCAAGCAUGCUUCUCCCAACUCAACUUGCACCGCCUGUUUUGAGAACCCCGGCAGCAACAUCUCCUACUGCCUGCCGCCCAAGUGUUCCUGGAGCAGCUGUUCCCAUUAUGCCACCUAAAGGGGACUUCUCUACUCCAGCAUCUGAACCCUUUCCACAUUAUGAACUGACAAGAGAUGAUCCGCGUGCACCAGGUGCAGAUCGGGGCGUGCCUCCACCUCUAACUUCUUCUCCAAUAACCUUACAGAGUAUUCCAACAAGGGCCACAGUUACCCAUGUAAUUGGCCCUAUGUCAGUUGUACAACCACCACCACCUUCAAUUUCAAACUUAUCAAGAUCUUCAAUUUCAUCAUCACCAAGAUCUUCACUUUCAGCAUUACCAAACUACUGUAUUCCACCACCAAGAUACCCGGCUACACUAAUGCCAAGAUCAUCAACUUCACGAAAUUUAAUUCCACUCUCAUCAAUAUCUUCACGUCCACAAACAUCGAGAUCUUUGAUUUCAUCACCAAGAAGUUCAUUUUCUCUGGCCACAAGCCGUUUAGACACCACCACCUUGUCAAGAUGCUCAGAUUCAUGGCCAUUAAGACGUUCAGUUGCUCAGUCACAAAGGUCUUCAACUGCACAAUUGACAAGGCACUUGAUUCCACCACAACAAACACCUUCAAGUUUGAACCCAGCAAAGUCUUUCAACCUACAGUCUUUGUUUUCUUUUGUACAAACACCGUCUCACAUUCCGAGCUCAUCGGCCCUACCAGUGUCCCCGUCUUCAUCAGCUGCAGGGAACGCCACCUUAAAGGAAUGUCCACCACCUAUACCAGCAUUCACCAGAGUAAGGAUUGCACUGACGGAAGCAAUAAGGAAAGCUAUAGAAAACUGA